AUGUUUGAUUACAGGGUGCUUAAACGUGCCAAGAUAUAUAUUUUCUCUCUAAUCACAUUCUCAGCCAUAAUUUUUCUCAUCCACUGUGAUGGCAUUAUCUACCAUGAUUCCCAACACCCUUUUGCAAAUAAAGGAGCACUAGAAGUGUUGCAAGCUCAAAGUCACAUAAAUGGAGAAGGGUUAAGGUCAACACAUGCUCUUACCCGCAUACCUUUACGUUCCAUGCAAGAAGAGAAGGAGGGAGUUGAUCAAGGAAAUGAUCAUCGAGUACUAGUUGCUCCAUUCAAUGUUACUGAAGAAAAAAGAAUUGCUUGGUUUAGAGGGAAUCUUCAUGAGUUCAAGAUUCUCAAGUCAGAUAAAUUGAGUAGGCAAUUCCAUGCUCGGGUUAUGGGAUUUUUCAGCCAAGAAUGUGAGUCUCAAUUUUUCAUGACUUGGUUUUCCCCUGCAAGCUCAUUUGGAUCAAGAGAAUUGUUGUCUUUAGAGAGUCUUUUCAAGGUGCAUCCUAAUGCAUGCUUGGUGAUUCUAUCAAGGACUUUGGACUCUAUUCAUGGCUUAAGGAUCCUGAAGCCAUUUCUUGAUGGGGGGUUUAGGGUUCAGGGACUGACCCCAGAUUUGCCAUUUUUGCUCAAGGGGACUCAAGCUGAAGCAUGGUUUCAUGAGUUAAGGAAAGGGAAAAGGGACCCUGGUGAGAUUUCUUUGUUCCAGAACCUGUCUAACUUGGUAAGACUUGCAGUUUUGUACAAGUAUGGUGGUGUUUACUUAGACACAGAUUUUAUAGUAUUGAAACCUUUAACUGGGUUGAGGAAUUCUAUUGGAGCACAAAGCAUGGAUGUGGGUAAUAAGCACUGGACUAGAUUGAAUAAUGCAGUUUUGAUAUUUGAUAUGAAUCAUCCACUUCUUCUCAGAUUCAUCAAUGAAUUUGCGUUGACUUUUGAUGGGAACAAAUGGGGGCAUAAUGGUCCUUACAUGGUUUCUAGAGUGGUUGAGAGACUAGGGAAGAGGCCAGGUUUCAACUUUUCAAUCUUGCCUCCUAUGGCCUUUUAUCCUACAGAUUGGAUUAGGAUUGUUGGUUUCUUUAAGAAGCCCAAAACUCAAGGUGAAUCAAAAUGGGUUGAAGCCAAACUACUUCAGCUUAGUAGUGGUGAGACUCAUGGGGUUCAUCUAUGGAACAGAGAGAGUGGAAGAUUGAAGAUUGAAGAAGGAAGUGUAAUAGCAAGACUUGUAUCUGAUCAUUGUGUCUUUUGCAAAUCUCUGUAG